AUGACUUCGACAGCAUCAAAAGACACAAAUUCUGCACUUGUCGGUAUACGAUUAGGUGCAAGUAACAUCGUUGUUGCAUAUUUCAAAGAAGGUCGAAGUGAAACGAUUGUUAAUGAGUUAGGUGAUCGUGUUACACCAACAUUUAUUACUUUCAAUGAUGGAAAUGAAACUGCCAUAGGACUUCCAUCAAAACAAGGUCUUAUUCGUAAUCAACAGAAUACAAUCCAAUGGUCACCGCAUUUUCUUGCAAAACAUGAUGAUAAUGAUAUUUUAUUAAGAUAUUAUAAACAAAAAUCGCCUAUUAAUGUUACCGAAAGUAAUAAUAGAAUAGAAUUUUCUUUAACAGUUGAUGGAAAAAUGAAAUCAAUUCAUCUUGAAAUUAUUAUAGUUAAUUUAUUAAAUUAUGUUCGACAACUUAUUCUUUCUGUUACUGGUGCACGUGAAGUACAAGCUGUACUUUCUGUACCUCACCAAAUGACACAAACCAUAAAUCAAGAUCUUAUUCGACUUUGUAUGAAGAAAAGUGGUAUUGAACUUCAUUCAAUUAUUUCCGAUGCUUGUUCAGCUUGUAUGGCUUAUGAAUUAGAUAAAGAUGGUGGGCAUGUUGAAAGUCAUAUUCUUGUUUAUCGUCUUGGUGGUUCAACACAUGAAUGUUCAAUUAUUCGAGCAAUUGGCGGAUGUUUUCAAACAGUUGCAUCAGUAUAUGGAUUUGAAAAUAAUGGUGAUGCUUUUACAGAUCUUCUAACAGAUGUUAUUGCUGAUGAAUUUCAAAAAAAAACUAAAAGUGACCCAAGAUUAGCAUCAAGAUCAUUACUUAAACUUCGUGCUUGUUCCGAACAAGCUAAACAUGUCUUAUCAACAACACCUGUUACUCAAUGCUCCAUUGAUGCAUUACAUGAGGGUAUUGAUUUAGAUUGUAAUGUUAGCAGACUCCGUUUUGAUGGUGUAGCAAAUAAUUUAAUUAAUGAAUGUUUAAAACCGAUUGAUGUUAUACUUGAGAAAGCAAAAUUACAAACAGAUGAUAUUAAAUUGAUUGUUUUGUGUGGUGGUGGUACAAAAGUUCUUAAAUUACGCGAUGCUAUUCAAGAUAGAUUACCUAAUGCUGAUAUGCUUUCGUCAAUUAACGGUGAUGAAGUCAUUGCUCUUGGUGCAGCAAGACAAUGUUAUAUUGAGAAUAAAUAUGCUAAAGUUCAAGUAUCAAAGGAUGAUAAUCAAUUUGAACGUGUUGGUGUUCGAUAUUUUCGUUCCCAUUUAAUAAUAACAGAUGAUCAAAAGAAUGAAAUCAGUGAUAGUGAUAUUGAUGAUGAUGAUAAUGAUGAUGAAAAAGAAAAUGAUCAAUUAGAUAUUGAUUGGGAUAAACAUGAAUCUUAUUUACGUAAACUUAAUUUAAGUGAAUGGAAAGAUCAAGAUCAUUAUAGAGUAUUAGGUUUAGCAAAAUUACGUUAUAAAGCAACACAAAAACAAGUACGUAGUGCACAUAAACAAAUGAUAUUACGUUAUCAUCCGGAUAAAUCUAAACGUAUUGAAAGUGAACGUUUUUCAUUAAUAACUCAUGCAUUUGAACUUUUAUCAAAUCCAACAUUAAGACGAUCUUAUGAUAGUGUUGAUCCUAAAUUUGAUGAUGCUAUACCAAAUCCAACAACAGCUGAUAAUUUUUAUGAAGUAUUUGGACCUGUUUUUGAUCGUAAUGCACGUUGGUCUAUACAUCAACAUGUACCAUUAUUAGGUAAUGAUGAUACAUCAUUUGAACAAGUCAAUAAAUUCUAUCGAUUUUGGUAUGAUUUUUCUUCUUGGCGAGAAUAUUCUUAUAUGGAUGAAGAAGAUAAAUCUCAAGGACAAGAUCGUGAUGAACGACGUUAUAUUGAAAAAUUAAAUCGUGUUGAAAGAGUAAAACGUAAGAAAACUGAAAUGACACGUUUACGUAAUUUAGUUGAUCGUGCUUAUGCACUUGAUCCACGUAUAAAACGACAAAAGAAAGAAGAACAACAACGAAAAGAUGAUGAAAAAUUACGUCGAAAACAAGAAGUUGAUAAACGAAAACAAGAACAAAAACAAAAAGAAAUCGAUGAAGCUAAACGUAUUGCAGAUGAAAAACAACGUACAGAAGAAGAAGCUAAACGUAAACAAGAUGAAGCUAAAAAGGAAAAAGAUGCACAAAAAAAAAUAAUUAAGAAAGAAAAGAAACAAUUACGUGAUUUAUGUAAAGAAGCAAAUUAUUUUAAUGAUAAAGCUGCAGCACCAAAUCUAAAACAAAUCGAACAAAUUGAAACAUUAAUUGAAUAUCUUCCAGUUGAUGAUUUAAAAAUAUUAAAUGCAACAUUACAAGAAGAAAAUGCUGAUAAACGAUCAAUAAUUCUUUCUGAACUUAAAAAAAUGGAUGGACAAAUGCAACAAUCACGUUUAGAACUAUCCCAACAAUCUUCAUCUUCAUCAACAACUUCAUCAUCAAAUUCAGCUGCGGCUAUUAAAUGGACACCAGAAGAAAUUGAAUUACUUGUUAAAUCACUUCGAAUCUAUCCAGCUGGUGUACAAAAUCGUUGGUUAGUCGUUCAAGAAUAUCUUAAACGUAGUGGUGGAAAUCCAAAUCGUAACGUACAAGAUAUAAUGGCAAAAGCAAAACAUAUUGCUAGUGGAAAGAAAGAAGUCGAUGAAAGUUCAGCAUCAUUAGAUCAUAUUGCACUUAAUUCACAUAAACAAUCAGGAAUUGCAGAAACUGAAGCUAAAUUAAAUGCAGUAACAUUGAGUGAACGUGAUGAGGAAACAUCAGUACCAUGGUCAGUUGAUGAACAACGUAUAUUUGAACAAGCAUUACGAACAUAUCCAGCAUCAUUAGGUGCAUCAAGAUGGGAUCAAAUAGCUGAAUGUUUAGCAUCAAGAAAUAAAAAAGAAUGUUUAGAACGUUAUAAAGAAUUAGCUAAAAUGGUUCAAGCUAAAAAAGCUGUCAACAAACCGUAA